GAGAAAUUUCCCUGCACCUCUGAUUUUAUGUCAUUUGGACAUUUUGGAUCCAUAUAUUUUAUUCAAUAUGACAACUGUGUGAGGUGCGUACUGAAGUAUUAAGUAGCAGCCCCCGUAUGAUGCGAUGUAUCAUUUUCGCCGUGAUUGCCAUCGUCAUUUUCGAGAGAAGCGCUGCUCAAUCCCAACAAAAUAAUAAUGGAAAAACGCAAAGAUUGGCGAGACAAUCUGUCCAGGUUUUUGUCAAUGGAAAACGUCUGGCACCAAUUAAGUUGAACCGAAACAGCGGAAACAUCAAAGUGGCGAGACGCAGCCAGAUCAUCAAAUGCUGCGGACUCCGGACUUGCCGGGGUGGCCAAGCUUCAAACAGGAAUGGCACCGACCGAACAAAAACCAAAAAGAUUGAUUACUCUGGUCCAUCGAUCAUGCCCAUCAGGAUUGGGGAGACGAUUUACAAGUUUCCAGAUGAACAGGCAACAUUUUCUGAGGCAAAGAAAAUUUGCAACAAAGAAAACAUGGACAUUGCUUCUUUAAACAACCCAAAUGAAUUUAGCAAAAUUUCAGAAUAUCUCCAAUACAUUGGUUUGUCUGAAAACCCCGUUUUUGCAUCUUUGUCCUCCCUUCAAAGCUCUCCCUUGAGCAAUUGGGGUCAAGACGCCCCACCUGGGGGCGAGGGCUCUUGUUUGGUGCAACAAAACGGGGCCCUUUACAACGCUUCCUGCGACCAAAAGGCCUAUUUUGCGUGUGAAGAGAGGCCCCUUAAAGAUGGAUUCACAACAACAAUUGGCCCCAUAUCAUUAUCGUCAAUUCAGGAUGCUGUGCUGAGUUUCGUCGGCGGUAAAAACAUUUUGGUUCCGAGCGAAAAAGCCACCGUUCCCGAAGCAAAGAGCCUGUGUGCCAAACAAGGUCUCGAACUUAUGUCCCUCGACUCGAUGGUCCAGAUGGACUCGGUCCAGGAUUUCCUCGGAGACAUGGGUCUGUCAACGAGCACGGUGCUGACUUCGAUGAGCAAAGUGACCGGAGGUGGAACAGAUUGGCUGGGCGAUUUGGCUUCCGCUUUUUUGCCGCAAAAGGACCCGGCCAAAGACGGCGACUGCAUGGGUCUCAAUUCUCUGGGCCUGACGGGAAUUUCCUGCGACACGGUUUCGAAUUUCGUUUGCCAGGCGCCGGACUCGGACGGCCCAAAGACGCCUCCCUUGAGUGACUUAUUUAGUGCCUUUAUGCCUGUUACAAAAGCGCAGCCAGUAGAAUUAGAGGGUCAGGAAUAUAUUUUACCAUCUGAAAAGGCCACCUAUGAAGAGGCUAAGAAGUUGUGCGAGUCGCGCCAGAUGGAUCUUCUUUCAAUUCAAACAAAAUCGGAAAACGAUUUAAUAAGCAAUUUCCUCAAUUCUAAAGGUGUUGGUUCGAGCCCAAUUUUGACAAGUUUGCUGUCAGUGAGUGCCGGUUCUUUUUCAUGGGACGGAAGUUCCAUUGCCGAUGGCCUCAAAUGGGCGAGCAACCAGCCUGGCACAGGGGACUGCGCCACCCUUUCCAGUUCAACGCUGAAAACCGUGUCAUGUGAGGCGAAAAGCAAUUUCAUGUGCGAGGCAAAACCUGCAGAUUCCUCAGCCACGCCUGCAGUUCCAGGAACUACCAACUUGCCUACGACCAUUGCUAAAACUACUGCUGCUCAACCUAAAACUGAAAGUCCCUCGUCGACCUCAGGAACUUCUUCUGCUAGCUCUGCUUCCACGCAAAGUACCUCGACGUCCUCAACUAGCAGCGCUUCAACUUCAACCAGCGAGUCGACAACUUCCAGCACUUCAACAACAACUUCUAUUCCUCCGACAACAACAGCAACCUCAACUUCUAUCACUACAGUCCAACCUGCUCAGCACACGUAUACUGUGGGAAAGAGAGUGACUUACUUAUUUAACGAGACGGCAACAUACGACGAGGCGGCCGCAAAGUGUGAGGCAAUGGGGAUGAAAUUUUUGAUCGCAGAAUGCAAGCUGGAGUAUCAAUUGUUGAUGGACGAGUUAAAUGCUUCGCCUGAGAGGAAGAAUGCGUCCUAUUUGAUUGCUAUUAAAAAGGUCAGCGGCACGUGGACCAACCCCAGCGGAACUUUUCACACCCCUCCAAAAGUUGUCUUUAACUCAACGUUGGGCGGCGAUUGCGUCGUUGCUCAAAACGGGUCUUGGUUCACCACGCCUUGUGAUCAAAAGAAUUGUUUUGCGUGUGAAAAUAAAAUGAAUUACACUGAAAUUGUCUACUCAAGCUCCGGACGGUAUUUUGUAUUGAGAAAUUUGGAAGUUUGCCUGACCGAGGCAAUUGUUAAUUGCAAAGGAGUAAAGACCAACGCCUCAGUCGUCGCCAUUGAUUCGCCUUACGAACAUUCAUCAGGAGAAAUAAACACUCUGCUGGCGACUUUGAAUUUGCAGAACACUUCAGUUUUCAUUAACAAUGAUAACCUCAACGGAACGAAUUGGAUCAUCAAUUUCAAUAAUCUGCUUGAAUGGGCGACGGACAAUCCAAACAUGACCCGCGGAAGUUGCGUUGGUGUUUUGCUGGGGAAACUGAUCAGUGUCGAUUGCGGAAUGCCAUUGCCCUUUGUUUGUGAAGUUCCAAAUCAAGGUUUAAAAGCCUUCACUUACCAAAUGGGGAGCAGAGCAACCUACUUAUCAGAUGAGAUGGCGACUUAUGGCGAAGCGACGGCUAAGUGCGGCGAGAUGGGAAUGUCUUUGUUGAUUGCAGAGUGCUCUUCGGAAUACAGAAAACUGCUCUCCGAAUUAGAUGCUUCGCCAGAUAGAUCGAAUGCGUCGUACUUGAUUGCUUUGAUAAUGGUCAAUGGCACCCUUCAAAACCCUAGUGGAAAUUUACAUCCUGCCCCAGGCACUCCAAUUGCAACCUCAGUGUCAGGUGGCGAUUGCGUCGUAACGCAAAAUGGGUCCUGGUUCUACACCCCGUGCAAUCAAAAGCACUAUUUUGCCUGCGAACAAAAGCCAAAUUACACAGACGUGGUCUUUUCAACCUCAAGCCAGUAUUAUGUCAUCAGAAAUUUGGAGGGUAACUGCCAAGCAGAAGCUCACGAGCAUUGCAAGAAAGCAAUGCCCAACGCCUCCAUGGCCAUGAUCAACUACCCCUUCGAGCACACUGGAGAACUCAACCCUUUGCUGAAGAAAUUAAAAAUAAAUUAUACUCCGGUGCUGGUCAACAGAUUCAACCUGAACGCCUCAACGUGGUUUCAAACAAAUAGUCACUUGGUCGAGUGGAAUUCGGGCCAUCCAAACAUGAGCUUCGGCACCUGCAUUGGAAAUUAUCUGGGCAAGCUGAUCAGCGUUGAUUGCGCAGGGACGCUUCCCUUUGUUUGCGAAGUACCAAAGCCACCCAUAGCUGACGAGACGAUGAUGUGUUUGGCUGUCGGAAAGACAUGCGCAAUAUCAGCAUAUACGAUAUCAUUUCACUAUGCCAGCAGAUGGUGCCAAUCAAAAAAUAAUAACUUUACCGCCCUUGGUGUCGGCGACUUUGACGCCACAUUGCUGCAGCUCAGGACGCCCGCAGUGCAAGCAAAACUAGGGUAUCCCGGAGCAUUAGCAAUUUCAGCGAUGAAAGUCAGCGGAGUCUGGCAAUGGUCCUCCGGAGAACCAGUCAAUUUCUCUUUGCUCAACUGGAGUGCAAUGCCGACAACUCUCGGCGACUGCGCUGGAAUCGACGCAAAUUACACUUACGCCGUCACUUUUGAUUGUGCAGCGAAUAGAAGGGUCUUGUGUCUUUGA